AUGCUGUUCGCGCGAUUCGGAAAUCCCAGGGUGAUCGUGUCAGACAACGGUACGCAGUUUACAGCGAAGGAGUUCCAGGAAUUCUGCGACAUGCAAGGAAUUGAGCACGUUCGCUCGCCGCCGUUCCAUCCACAGUCAAACGGUCAAGUAGAACGCUUUGCGGAUACCUUGAAAAGAACCCUUCAGAAGAUUAAGGAGGGAGGGACGUCGGAGAAACUUGCGGAAUUUUUGCAGUGCUAUAGAAGAACACCAUGUGCAUCAACGCCAGGACAUCUUUCUCCAGCGGAGGUAUUCCUAGGGCGCCAGUUGAGGACGUCAUUGACGCUGCUGAAGGAAUCAGCUAAAGAAGAACGAACGCGCAAUGUGCAAAUUGAAGAACAGUUCAAUCGUCAUCAUGGAGCACAGAAGAGAUCGUACCACCACGAAGAACUCGUGUGGGUGCGUGACUACCGCUCGGGACAUGAGAAAUGGAUCCCUGCUCGUGUGAAGAAUCGCUAUGGACGAGCCGUGUACGACUAA